AUGAAGGCGAGCCUUAUUUCCAUUGACUUGACCCAGUGCUUUGCGCAUGGCAUCUCCGAUGUAGCCUUGCCAAUCAUAGUGUACGCUCAAGUCAAUCCCCUGCAUUUGAAGUUUGAUGUUGACACAAUGAUUUGGCUUAAUGCCUUCUUUCUCAGUCUGAAGACCAAUUUGCAGUCGCUUUUUGACGAUUCUGAUGUGUCCGUUGCCACCUCGGAGACAAUGAUUCCACUGUUCUGUCGUGCGGAGGUUCUCAUGCCCAGGGUUAUCUUUCCAAUGCAUCCUCCACCAUCCAAUCCUGAUAGCACCUCUGACUACCCUUGGACAGGUCCGUCUGCCUUGGUUGUUCAGGUGGACACAGUGUUGCUACAAACCAUUCCCAAGCCAUUGACCACCUCCAUGGCCAAGACUUUGGAAGAGUGUUUGGACAAAUUAGCAAAGCAAUCACAACCGCCACCAACUUGGGGCUGUGCGCAUACACCUCCCGAUCUGCCCUUGUUCAAAAAAUUCACUGAACUGAAACCUCCUUCACAGGCCUUAGAAGGGGAGAUGAAAGGUUUACUGGUGUGUAUUCACUGUCCCAGUGUGUGGGCCGAGUUUCUCACCAUCUGUGAAGCAGCUAGACGUCAUUCAACUGGAUCUCCAUCCUUCAAGACCUAUCGUCAGGCCCUCCUUGAUCCCUCUCCUUUCACUUGUUGGGUGCUAAUUCCCUCUUGGCCACCUUGGUAUCGUCCUCCAACUGCUCCUCGUUACCCAGUUACGUGGAGUCCCAAUUUAAGUCGCCAUUUGACAUCUCCACCCUCCCAUCCUGCUCCUAUCAGUAUUGUCAUUGACCUCGACUCCUCGGUCAAUCCUCUCUCCGUUUAUCCAGUCAGCAGUACUUCCCCUCACUCUGGUAACAAACCAAAACCACUGCACUUUACUAUUGGCCAUUCCGGUGCUGUAUUCACCUUCCGUUCAGUGAAACAUCUUCGCUUGCCCGAUGCAGUAGAUCAUUUGGUAUUCCUCUACGGUCUCUUCUUUCGAUUGGCUCGUCUCAAGGCCAGUAUUGGAUUGGAUUGUUUGGAAAAUAUGACACGACAACAGGAGAAUGGAGAU